AGUUCAUUUGGACACCUGACUGUUGUUUUAAGAACUCGUCCUUUCAGACAGUUUGGCCAAAAAGACGCAGAUAUUUAGUGGUUAAGCAAAAUGGGGGUGAACCAUCUUGACAUGAAGUCUCAGCUCUUUAGCCACAAAUGCUAAAGUCUACUUGUGUACGUUUUCGUGAAUGUGGACGUGCACGUCUUAACAUUAGUCAAUGAUAGUAUUGGUAACGCUCUGUAAUCACUGACUUGUGCAUUAUCCACGUGGUACGACAUCAGAUAAUACACUGCACAUGUCAAUGCUGAAAGUUAAUUCAAUAUAACGCAAACCACCAGCACUGAUAUGGAGCAACACUCAACACUGCUUUAACAUUUCACAUACAGGCUGCGCUGCUCCUCUCUAUAAAAACUAUAAACUGUCAGAUUCAGGAGACACUUCUCAACUACUGAAAGAAACAUGGCCUCCACCUCCCUGGGAAGACGACUGGUGGCUUGUCUCCUCAACGUGUCGGAGGCUCGCAGGAAAGACCUGGUGGAGACUGUGGCCAAAUCUGCCUUAUAUGACCCUGCAGGUGUCAGACGAGAGGCGACCACAGUGCUCAACAUCUUCAAUGAUCACGACUACAACCGUUCUGUCAUCACCAUCGUGUCCAGUAUCGACUCAAUCGGGGAGGCGGUGCUGUCUGCAUGUGAGAAAGCCUGCGGGCUGUUCGACAUGCGCACUCACACCGGGGUCCAUCCGUGUAUGGGCGCUGUCGACCUCAUACCCAUCUACCCCCUGGGGGAGGAGGUGGGAGCGGAGGAGUGUGCUGAAGAGGCUCGGGCUGUGGCUCAGGGACUUACAGAGCGGGUCCAGGGCACCAGUGCCUUCCUGUUUGGCUGGGCAGACUCCCCCCUUCAGAGGGGGCUGGCGCAGAGGAGGAAGGAGAUGGGCUGGUUCAAGAAGACCGCAGACUUGCAGGCAAUCAGGCCCGACGUGGGACCUCUUCCACAGAAACGAUUCGGCCUCACAGGUGUUGGGGCCAGUCCAUACGUCAUGAACUGCAAUGUCACUAUCGACACCCAGGAUAUCGCCAUGGGACGCAGCAUCGCCACAGCCAUCAGGGAGUCGACCCCGGGGGGCCUGCCAGGGGUGCAGGUGCUGGCUUUGCCACACGAGGGCACUGUGGAAAUCGCCUGUAAUGUGGAAAGCGUGAAGGCGCCUCCACCUAGUCACAUGACUGCCGGCGAACCGUGGCCGUCUUUCAGCAUCGGCGGUCAGAUGUACUACCACGCUCCGGCAUCUCUCAUCACGGCGAGGGUGUCGGAGCUGGCGGGGAGGCACGGAGUCGGCACGAAGGGCACCGCGCUGGUGGGGUUCACCCCCCACCAGUGCAGGGGUCUGGCAGAGUUCGCACUGUCUCAAGGGAUCGCUGAGUUCUGGAAAGAGCAGCGCAGGAUCCAUAUGUGAAAACUAAUCCAACAACCAGUGACGCCACAAACAAACAGCUAUUUGUGAUAUUUUAAUUACCAUAAGAAUUGACUGUGCCUAAGCUCCAUCCCCUUAGUUACCGUUGCUAAGCCUGUCAAGUUUUUCAUUCUAGCGCUGCAUGUAUGCAGUUUACAGUAACAGUGGCAGAUUUACUCCUCAAAACAUAUAGUAAUUUCACAUAGAAGUGUGAACAACAGGCUUCUCAUUUCUAGCUGAUAACCGUUAAAAUGACGACUGUCACUAGCAGACUUCAUCAGCUGUAGCUAGCUAGAAUUUGCUAAUAAGCUAACGCUAACUCGGUGAGCUGACUGAAAACUGAUUUUAAAAUGAGAACACUAAACAUACACACAGUGGUUACAUACAUUAUAUCUUGCUAAUAUCUAAUGCUACUGAAGCUAAAGCUACAUGUCCUAGGAAAAAAGUCAACAUGGCCGCCGGUUGAUGAGGCAGGAAGAAAAUAUGGAAAUAAAGAGCAAUUAUAAUUGUUAGUGUAUCGUAGGGUUUGGCUUGUUAGCUCUAGUAUUUUACUACAGUAUUUUAAAUGAAAACGUAGUUAAAAUGUUACUUGUUCUAACAGAAUCAUGUUGGGAUUUUCGUUUUAUUGUUCAUACAUUCAAACAGUAUUCCACUUGAACAAACGAGGAUGAGAAUAAACUGACGUGUUUGGAAAACAUAAUGCUAUCUCAGGUAACACGUCUUGGCUGGAGUCGCUGGAGAGUAAACUCUCCAAACCAAAUAAAGAAGAGCAGGAACUGAGCUGUUUAUUGUUAAUCUAAAAUCAGUUAUAGCAGCAUCUUGGCUCCCAGGCACUGGAUGUUCCAGUCCUAAACAGGGACAAAGUAGUAGUCGGGCAUGCUAAUGUUUGCUCUUGUAUUUUUAGUCUUGGGGAGGCCAUGUCAGUAUGUGGAUGAUCCAAACCUUGUUGGUCAACAGUGUAAUGCUCCUUUGAUUGUUUACAGCAUUAGAAAUGCACUUACAAUUCAGUUUUUAAUGGGUCCAUAAGCUUUUUAAUGAUAUUUUUCAGUUCAUUUCACUUAUUUAUUUGAUUAACUCAUAGAUUUCCUCAUGUCUGCUCUUUGCUAUCACUAUUAAUACUUAAUCACAAACUGCAUUCAGAUAGAUGAAUGUUUUAUGAGCCAAUGUGUAUGGUGACCUUUUUAAUAGAAAUAUUUCAUUCAAUAAAUGAUUUAUCAGUUAAAUUUCUUUAUCCUGUUUUUUUUUUUUCCAUGAGGAGAAUCGAGU